GUUUAAGGGUUUGACCACAUGUUUCUCUCGACUAUAUCAGCCUGUGCAAACGAGGAAGGAGGUAUUGAUCGAAAAUGGGAAGCGAGGGGGAGAAUGUGCGUCUGGAUCAUGAGCAACCAGAGAGGAUUACAAAGCCGAAGAGGAAUAAGUAUGCCCUUGCCUGUGCUGGUCUUGCUUCCAUGACCUCCAUACUUCUCGGUUAUGACAUCGGUGUGAUGAGCGGGGCAGUGAUCUUCAUCAAGGAUAACCUCCACAUCAAUGACACCAAAAUUGAGAUACUCGCCGGCUCCAUCAACGUAUUCUCUCUCAUCGGUUCUGCUUUCGCUGGCCGGACCUCUGAUUGGAUUGGCCGCCGCUACACUAUCAUCUUUGCCGCUGCCAUCUUCUUCUUGGGUGCCAUUAUCAUGGGUUUAGCUCCCAAUUAUGCUUUCCUAAUGGCCGGCCGCGUUGUGGCCGGGAUCGGUAUCGGAUAUGCAAUAAUGAUAGCACCUGUGUACACUACUGAGCUGGCGCCUGCAUCGUGCCGGGGUUUCCUGACUACUUUUCCUGAGAUUUUCAUAAAUGUGGGCAUUUUGUUGGGAUAUGUUUCGAAUUACGCAUUUGCGAGGCUGCCGGAGCACCUGAACUGGCGGCUGAUGCUCGGAGUGGGGGUGGUUCCAUCGAUGCUUCUAGCAGUGGGGGUGCUUGCAAUGCCGGAGUCGCCGAGGUGGCUCGUGAUGCAGGGGAAGCUGGGAGCUGCGAAGAAGGUUUUGCUAAAGAUAUCGGACUCGUCAAAUGAAGCACAACUCCGUAUCUCCGAAAUCAAGCUCGCUGCCGAGAUCCCCGAUGACACCGAUGACGAGAUUGUACAUGUGCCUAAACGUCACCAUGGUGAGGGUGUUUGGAAGGAGCUCCUCCUACAUCCCACCCCAGUCGUCCGCCGCAUCCUAAUUGUAGUUGUAGGCAUACAUUUCUUCCAGCAAUGCUCUGGCAUCGAUGCAGUCGUUCUGUAUAGCCCUCGGGUUUUUGAAAAGGCUGGGAUAAAGGAGAAAAAUCAGCUUCUAGGAGCCACAAUUGCUGUCGGACUCAUAAAGACCGCUGCUAUUCUAGUAGCCACUUUCCUCUUGGAUAGAGUGGGUCGGCGGCCACUGCUUCUUACUAGUGUGGGAGGAAUGAUAGUUACAUUAUGUGGUCUUGGCUUUGGCUUAACCAUGAUAGCACACACUGAUGAGAAGUUGGUUUGGGCCAUUGUUCUAUGCAUAGCCACAAUUCUUCUGUUUGUUUCAUUUUUCUCAUUCGGUCUAGGACCAAUACCUUGGGUUUACACUUCGGAGAUAUUACCUCUGAGGCUACGGGCUCAAGGGGCGAGCAUCGCGGCGGUAGUGAACCGUCUGCUGAGCGGUGUGAUAGGAAUGACAUUCUUAUCUAUGUACAAGGCGAUUACCAUACAAGGGGUUUUCUUCUUGUUUGCAGGGACUUGUAGUCUUGCAUUCUUGUUCUUCUUCUUCUUCUUGCCUGAGACCAUGGGCCAGACACUCGAGGACAUGAGCGAUUUGUUUGCAAAGAAAACAGCGAUACCACUUCGGCCUCAGAACAAGGCAGCCAGUGAGACCAACCGAUCAGUCGAACUUGCCAAUGGUGAUCCUUCUACUUGAAAAGAAGCAAGGAUAUGAGCUCAAAUGCAACAUGGUGAGAAUCUCCUUGACUAUAUAAGGUAAAGGUUAGACUUGUUGUUUUGACACCAAUAAGAAUCACUGCAAAUGGUUAAGAAGAACGAACUAUGAAAAGUGUUCAGUUUAUGUCAAUGUCUGAAUUCCAAUUAUCCAAAGAGAGAAUAAACUUUCAAGGGAAGAAGAAUCUAAUGGAAAGAGGAACGAAGCACGAGGUGAUGGAUUGAGGAACGAAGCACGAGGUGAGAUGGGAAUUGGGAAUAGAAUAGUGGAGAAGAAAAUGGCUUUGUAACUCUUGAGAACCAAUGACUAUUUUUAAAUCAAAUUUGCUUCAUUUAUGUUUC